GCAACUUUUCGUUGUCAUCCCUCUUUUGGUUUUCGUCUUACGCCACCAGGCUGCGCCUGCUUUUUCUUCUCAAAUGUCUUCCAGGGCUCCGGACGGUUCCCCCAUCUACGAUAGUUUUGACGUCGACCUUGUUGUCAAGGUUUUGUCUCAUACAGCUUUCAGUCCUUUCUUUAUUUUCUUCAUUCCUAUUUUCUAUUUCUUCCAAGGUGUCCAGAUAUCGGACCCAAUCAUUGUCGGCUGGGGGGUUUACUAUGUCAUCAUUUCGCUCUUCUGGUUCGUCAAGUGGUGCUCGUUGCUCUACCGGAACCAAGGAAAUCUCUUGUUUGCUCCUCCGCGACUUGACUGGGGUGAACAAAUCGUGGUCAUAACUGGAGGUUCGUCUGGUGUUGGAGAACUUUUGGCAAAUACUCUUGCUGUUCGAAAUGUGAACGUCGUAGUCCUGGAUGUUAAUCCCAUUGUAACGGAGAACUAUAACAUAACAUACUACCAGUGUGAUGUCUCGAAAUGGGAGGAGGUGGAUGCUGUUUCGAAGAAGGUCAUUGAUGAGAUAGGGCAACCGACCGUCCUGGUUAACAACGCAGGUGUAGUGCAAGGGAAGCCAAUCUUGGACUUGAAGCCUGAAGACGUUCAACAAACGUUCGGGGUGAAUACACUGGCUCACUUCUAUACGCUCAAGGCAUUCCUUCCUGGUAUGAUUCAGAACAGAACGGGCCAUAUUGUCACCAUGUCGUCUGUCUUGGGAUAUGGUGGGGUAGUUCGCAUGUCUGACUAUGCUGCCUCUAAAGCGGCCCUUAUCUCUCUCAACGAAACCCUCCGGUAUGAACUGGACAAGUUGUACAAAUGUCCCGGCAUCAGGACGACUCUAAUCGUUUCAGGACGCAUAUCCACCCCUCUAUUCCAAAGCAUCAACACGUCGCCAUCUCUGAUCUUCAAAUUCCUCAUGCCAACCAUUCCGCCAGUUACUGUUGUCAAAAAAAUCAUUGGUGUGCUGGAUGAUCAACAUUCUCAGACGAUUUUGCUGCCAUUCUAUGCGAAUUUCAUGCCGCUUCUCCAGCACUUGCCUAGUUUCUUAAGGGAUUUUUGUCAGUGGAUUGCAGGGGCCGACGAUUCUACUGCCAAUUUCAUGAAGACGACCGGUCGUCGGGCGGAUGAGGAUGUUGCCGAGAAGAGUUAA